GUUGUUCAGGAAGGAGAAACUUCACAGCCUUUCGAAAUACAAAACUGAUUCCCAUGGAAACAUCCUCAUCCUCUGAUGACAGUUGUGACAGUUUUGGUUCUGAUAAUUUUGCAAACACAAAAUGCAAAUUUAGGUCGGAUAUUAAAGAAGAACUGGCAAAAAUUUUUCAUGAAGCCUCUGAUGAUGAAUCUUUCUGUGGCUUUUCAGAAAAUGAGGUUCAAGAUGCAUUGAAACUGGAAUCAGAUCCAGAUGAGAAUGAUACAAGAGCUGAAAGCGAGAUGGAUCAGAGAGGGCGGAAAUGCCCUGUUCCUCUGAAAGUAGCCAUGAAGUUUCCACUUCGAAGGUCAGAGAGGAGGAAGGGUGGCGUGGAACCUGUUCCUGAAACACCGAUGCCUGCUCCAGAUUCAGACUCUGACACUGAAGAAAGUGGUGCCAUGUUUUUAGAAAAAAGAGCUUUAAACAUAAAGGAAAACAAAGCAAUGCUUGCAAAACUAAUGGCUGAGUUGCAAAAUGUUUCUGGUAUCUUUGGUGGGAGAAAAUCGUUGCCAGCUGUCAGUCAUCAGGGACCAAAGCGCCUUCCAAGGCAUUCAUUGCCCAAAUGUGCCUUGAGGAGGAACCCAGACCGGAGCUCUCGGCCUCACACAAGGUCAAGGUCCUUGAUUGAAGGUCCUCCUACUCUGGUACCAGAAGAGGAAGAAGAUGACCGAUACAUCUUGGUGAGAAGAAGAAGAAUGUCUGAUGAAUACCUGGAGCAUGAAGCCCGUGCUCCCAGGAGGGGUCACCGUGGUGCCAUGGCUUUUCCACAUGUUGUGCGCCCAGUUGAGGACAUAACAGAAGAAGAGCUGGAUAAUAUUUGUGGAUCUGCAAGUGAAAAAGUAUAUAACAGGGCUAUGGGCUCCACCUGUCACCAGUGUCGCCAGAAGACCAUAGACACCAAGACAAACUGUCGCAACCCUGACUGCGUGGGAGUGCGGGGCCAGUUCUGUGGGCCGUGCCUCCGCAACAGAUACGGGGAGGAUGUCAGAGCAGCGCUGCUGGACCCGACAUGGAGGUGCCCCCCAUGUCGUGGAAUCUGCAACUGUAGCUUCUGCAGACAGCGAGAUGGCCGAUGUGCCACAGGUGUCCUGGUCUACCUGGCCAAGUACCACGGCUUUGACAAUGUCCAUGCCUACUUAAAAAGUCUGAAACAAGAACUUGGAAUGGACGACUGAAGCUGUGACUGCCUUCAAAUUACAUGCUCUUUUACCAACGUAAUAUUAUUGCCUGCAGUGAAUUGUUUAAUCAAAUGAGAUUACAAAGUGCCUUCCCUGCUUCUCUUUUAGGCAAAAAAGGAUAAAAACCUUUCAUUUAUUUCAGUAUAAAUCAUACUUGGGAAAGCUGUUUAAUGCAGGUCUUCACCCACAGGCCAUUGUUUUCUCUUUUAGACAACUUUCCAAAUCAGUCCUUGUUUUCAUGAUAGUAACUUUUCUUCUUCCUGAAAGGGGAUGAGGCUUUAAGCCAUUCGUUUCACUCACGCCACAAUCUAUGCUGCAGGUUUACUUAUGCUCCAAAAUUGGUUACAAAAAGAUAGAGAUGUUCUGAAAAUCUGGGGAGGUUUUCCUCACAGAACCAAUACCAACUUCUACAAUACAGACAUUUCUCGAUCAAAUGGAAUUGUAGAAUUCUCUGAAACAAUAGCAUGUUCUUAAGUUCAAAAAGGAAGCCCUAUAAGUCGCAGCUGAGCAGUCUCCAAGCACUAAUAUUUGAUUUUAUAGAGUACUUAAAAGUUCACAUUGGCCAUUUCAGGGGAGGUUUUCUGAAUUAAAAAAUGCAGUAAAUGCUGUUUGACGUGGCACUUUGUGUUUUCGCAGUCCACUCUGUGUUUUUGGAGAGGGCCACUGCUGAAGGCCUACUGGUGACAGUGGUGUGAACAUACUGGUAUACAUUGUGUAGUGACCACUGUGAAACAGAAUGUUCUAUGUGUUAAAUUACUGUUUAGUUGGGCUCUCUUUUCCCUGUUCCUGGUGCAGCUGCAGAAUUGCUCUGCAGAGUCAGCAGUGGUCCUGGGGAAGAGGGAGGGAUAUCUCCAGACCAGGGCUUGGUCAAGUAGAGGGGUAGCAGUUGAUGUGGUUGUUGGCCGUCUUUGAGUGGGUGAAAGAUGGUAACUUGUUUGGUUAUCAGGAAGACAGGCAAUUAAUGUUUCUGUGUCUGGCUCUUUGUGUUUGUAAAAGGUUCUUUCACAUGACAUUUGUGAAAUGUAAGUACAGCAGAAAUGAAGCUGAAGAGUUCUGAUAUGCUGAGCACCUAGGGGUUGCCUGUGCUCAGUGUUAUAGAAAAGAAGGUGCCAUGAAAAUUGAAUGCAGAGAACCAUAAGGGGUGUAAAUGUGCUUAGUUUUGUUAUGGAAACUACUGUAUAAGCUUUGUAUAAGGUUUAGAAUGUAAUGCUAUAAAUAAUGUACAGUUGAACUGUAAAAGAAUCAACAUGGGUUUACACUUCUGUGCUUGUGCAGUAUUUGCACUGUGUGUAUACAAAAUGAUCCACAGUUCAUACCUUUCUGGGAAUUGCAUCAGUGUGUGUGGGAGGGGAGGAGAGAGGAACUUAGAAACAACAGAUAUUUAUGUCUCAGACUUGCAGUUCUGUUUCAUAAAUCAUCACUCCUAUUGAAAAUCUCCUGUCCUCUCUUUGUCUGUUUUUAUAGUGUGAAUAGCUGUGCAAUCUGAGGUGUGGAGAGUGCUCUUCUCUCUAGGUACAUUUUGUGAAGAAGGAACUCAUUUUAGAAAUACAUGUUCUGACAGAUAAAAGUGGUUGGGUUUUUUUCCUCCUAAUUGCUUGGCUUGCCUUCUGAUUGCUAGAGUGUGAAAGUACUGUGCUAAAAGCAGACCCUUACAUUAUAUUACAGAGAC